AUGGAGGCAGCGGCGGGGCAAGGGGGAAGCGGCGGCGCAGCCUUCGCUCGCGGCGGCCCAAUCUACGUCCCCGACAUCGUCGGACCCAUCACUAGCGUGGGCGAAUUCAAAACCGCCGUCGUCCAAGAGCUUCGGGUUUGGUCUGCCUUAAGAAUCAAAACCCCUCCCCCCCAUUGCUUCUCCGAGCUGGGAGGAAGCCCCGGAGAUGAUAUCUUCUUACAUUGGUCCUUCUUUACUGUGAUCCCCUUGCGCAGGAUUUACAGGCGGAGUUGUCCACGGCGGGGGAUUUCGAUGAUGAACUCUCGUAAAGUCCCAUCCCUUCCUGAUCAGUUUUGUGCGUCCAAUCCUUUGAAACACCCGUUUGGUGUCCCUCAAGCUCUCUUGCACGCUUGUGUUAUGUUUGUGCGUAGGGUUGACGAGCUUCGGGUCUUCACGGAGGAAGAAAUUGUGGAGAAGGCCUUGGAGGCGCUGGAGGUAUUUCUAUUCUCACCUGGGACCGAUCAGGAUGGGAAGAAAGAAUCGGAAGUCUUUUUGAAAAACUUUGGCUGAAUUUUUUGCGUGGGUAUAGUUACAGGAGACUGAGAGUGAGGGGAGCUCUACACAGGCGCACGGAGAGAACACUUUUGAAAUGUUUGUGUUUAUGAACCUUGGUUCCCUACUUUUUCUUCCUUUUCACCGUAAAACUAUUAUUCGAGUAUGGUUUAUCUCGUUGUGGAUCAUAUUUAUCUCUUCAUAGCUUACUUUUUGCUCUUCUUCCUUUCUUCGGGUAUGAAAUACCUUCUUCCUUAUUGGCUCAUCUUGCUCCUACCUUUUUCCUCUUGACAUGAAAUUUUUGGUCCAGUUGGUUUAUAUGUUCAUAGCUUACCUUUUUGGUCUGUCCAUUUUGAUUAUUCAAUAAAUACUCGAGAUAAAGGAAAUAUAUAGGAAGUAUGACAGGAGACAUUGGAACACAAAGAAGUAGAAAACAAGUGAUGGAUCAAUGGGACCCUCUUAAUUCAUGAGCUUCGGUCCAUUAACAGUAGAAACUCCUCUUGGCCAUCCCAUUCUCCUUCCUGGUGAUCCUCUCCCAUGUGUUGGGAACUUUUUUGUGUCUUGAAUUGCGAACUCUUUUUUUGUGCAGUGUAAUUGCAUUUAUUAGCCAUUAGUUUUUCUUGGAGUAAAACAAGACUCUUAGAUGUCACAGCUGGUAAACCACAAUCACCACACUGCGUUCAUCAAAAUAGCUUAUGAAUUUUCUUGACGAUAAUUCACAAUCCUUUCUGAUUGAAGUGGCUUAUUUGUCAUAACUAAGUCACUCUUUAUGUUUUACUGGGAAAAGUUCAGGGAGUUCAGCAUCACACCCAUCAUGUAUAAUAUGUAUAUCUAAUGUCUAGAAUCUAAUCUUCUUGCCAAUCUGUUACGGCCUGUUCAUGUUCUGGAAGAAUUUCCCAUCCAUUAUUAUUUAUUUCAGGUUUAAAUAUCUGCAUUUAGUUAGGUUGAUCUAUCAUUUUAUAUAGUUAUCUGAGUUGAAAAUGCACAAUUCUGAUGAUUAUUCAUUUCCAUUAGGACUGCUUCUAAGAUUUACUGAAAAAUUUGUUUGCAGGGGAAGCAAUACCUUGAUAUUGUCGGAGAGUCGGGCUAUUUCUUUGGUAAGCUCAUCAACUGGAGGUGAAAGCUUGGACUCUAAAAUGCCACAUGGAAAGGAUCCAUUGGAUCGAAAAGUUCUACAGAGUUCCAAAAAUAGGAAAAAAAGAGGGAGACUUUUUGACAGAGAUACUCGGGCAUCAGAAUUGGAGGUAUGCUUUCCUGUUUCAUGAUCAACACUCUGAACCUUUGCCUUUCUGCCACUCAUAGGAUAUGGGCAGAGCCAUAUUUCCUUUUUUCUACCUGGAUGAUGAUUGUGGGCUGGUUGACCGACUUGGAUCAGAUGCAAAUUGAGAAACUUAGUAUUAAUUAUAUUACUGACGUAGUGAUUCAGUUUUUGAUCGGUGUGUAUUGAGCCUAGUAGGGAACUUCAUGAAGAUCACCUUUCAUAAUGCCAUCCUAAGAAAUGAAGCAAUUUGGUGUGUGGGACUGAAAAAAUGUGGCAUAGCAUGGACGUAUUCUCGUUAUAAGUUUUUUUUCUGCAGAGUGAUUGUAUGCUGGAGUAGGUGUCACUCGCUUGGUUCAUUUUCUGAUUGAUUUUGAUGUCUGUGGCAUUAGAGUAAUUUCUACAUUUUUCUUAGGUCGGUCUUCUUGGAAAAUCCUUUUCUGAAUUCAUUAUUGGGACAUGAUUCAGAAAGCUCGAGUUAGGUUAAGUAGCAUGACAUAUAGGCGACGAACUAGUUAGCAUGGUGUAUCAACGUUGAAAGGCAACUGGAUCCAUCAGCUGAUUACAGUAUUCACUUGGGCAUUUAAUGAUAUGUCCUUGGCAUAGGCAAUGAAGAAAGGAUUGUCUGCUUGCAAUUUUUAUCACAGUCUUGAUGACUCAUUAAAACAUCAAGGAGCAUGACUGUGUUUAGGCUUGGUUACCAUUUAGUCAAAUAUUUAGCAUGUACCUAUUUUUUGGAUUUAGGAUAAUGAGACCUUAACCCAAGUAGUAGUUCUUAUAGCCAUUUCCGUUUGACUUUUUGAUGUUUUUGUUUCUAUGUGACUCGUGACAGUUUUUCUUCUUGAUUCUUAAUUGCAAUCCUAGACUUGUUCGCCUGUUCACAUUUGCUUUAUUCAUAUGAUUAUCAGAGUGCUAACGUCAAGAGUGUGGAACGAUUUGCAAGAAUCAAGCAAAGUCAAGAUGAAGACAAAGCAGCUGCCAGAUUACACUCAUUCUGGUAUGUUUCUUUCGUCAUUAUUUGGUUUCAUGAUUUUUGAUUUUUGACUUAAGCUUCUUUUCCUCCAGUGGAAGUUCCAAGCCUACUGUGGGGGCAACAUCCACGGCUGAAGCAACUGGGAAACUGCGUUCCCUCAGGUUUAUAAAAUCCUUCCCCAAGGUCAGUAUCUUCAGAAGAUAUUCUUGUUGGUAACUUAUUGUGAGAUACACCAUGAAGUAGUCUACAAGUCAACUCACUGCUGGGCACAUCAUGGUUGGAUUGGCAGUCUUUCUUAGUUUUAUCCGUGUAGCAGACAUAUUGGUGUAAUCUGUGGCACUCUUCAGUUUUGUGCAGUUUAUCCCACCAGACUUCAUUAUUGAAGGGUACUUUGGGACUUAGGCCUGUAUAGAAAACAAAAUCAUGGACUCGUACUAGCAUAAAAAUUAUGUAUAAUGUGAAUCAUGGACUCGUACUUUGGGACUUGGCGACAUCCACUGUUUUCUUCCCUACCAUGACGAAUCAGUCAAACAAGCUGUUGUGAUAACCUAGGAUUAUAAGAAUAUAAGUUAAUGAGCUAAUGAAAACACGAUUUAUGUUGUGAAUUUCUCACUUAACAACACCCCCAACAGUUUCAUAAUCGUACUGAAAAUCUUUCUCUUCAUGAAAUGAAUAUAAUGAUCUAUGAAACUGAUACCCCAGCCCCUUCAUGAAGGUUAUUUACAGAAGUGAAUGUCUGUGUUUCCUUCUUAUACGGUUAUCAAUUGUUUAUUAAUCUUAUAAAGUUAUUAAUCAUUGGUGCUCAACACUCAAAUGAAUGCGCUAAAAGUGUCUCUCUUAAUGGUAUGAGCAGAAUGAUAACUCAUCUUAUAAACAAUUCUGAAAAUUAUUGUAUCGAUGAGAGUUAUAAACACAUUGGCAUGUGCUAGACAAAAGUGAGUGUAUUUGUUUGCAUAUUUUAUACGUAUUAUUUUUCUAUUAAUAUCAUACAAUCUAAAUUAUCUCGCAAAACAUGAAUCUCAAGUACUAUCCUGAUAGUUGCGAUUCAUAAUUUUUGUUGGGAUCUUCUGCAAGGCAGGUGUAGCCUAGAUGUCACGCCUUGUUGCCCAGGUAAAUGUAGUAGGCCACUACAUUGCUCACCAUUGUUGCCUUAGCAGAUAUCAUGGGCAAGGAUAAACUGAUAACUUGACACUGUUGUCUUGAGACAAGGAUAACAGGAUCUAUUUUGAGCCAAUGUACUCCUAGCUGACUGAAACCUCUCUUUUAAAAUCUACUGAGUUGAACCUUGGACUUUAAGACUUGGAAUUUUGGUCACUUAUCUCAAAAGUUAUCAAAGAUUGUUCUAUUAAUCUCAUAAAAUAGUUGUUUAUGUUACGUAGCUAUUUUAUGUACGUAAUAUUUUAGAAGAAUUAAAAUUUAAUCUUUAACAUUAAUUCAUAAUUUUUUUCAUUAUGUAUUUUAGAUUGUGUGGUUUUUCAAGCUUUCAACUUUAGACUCAUCUUUCUCAAAGUCUUUAUUUAUGUGAUAUAUUUUCCUUCGUCUAAGUCCAUGGAGACAAGAUGGCCACAUUUCAGUGAUGCAUGUAUGCUACUCAGUGAGAGUCAUACUAGCCCUCAUAGGAUUUGGUCAUUCGAGCCUAUGGCCUUUAUGUAUUGAUGAGAAAUCGCAGCUGUUCUUGUUAGAAGAUGGGUUUUCUUGGGUAGAAGUGAUUUUUGCAAAUGUCGUAUGAGGGAGAUUAUUUAUUUGAUUAUAGGAAACCUUUGAUAGUGACGUUAAACUUCGCUUCCCUAAUACCCUAUGACUAUCGUACAACGUUUAGUUUUAAUACCUUUAUGCUAUCAUUCAGACUUUCAUUUUCUUGCUAUUUAGGUCACAUCAUCAAAUAAGUUGCUACAAAAUCCGGUGUCCUUCCCAGAAGUUGUCCUCUGCGUGGAAGUCUAUGAUAACCGAGUGGCAGGGCAUAAAGUAAGUAAUGUUAUCUUUUAAUGCAUUUCGUGGUCAUUACCGCAAUUUCUGUACAACCGGUUAAUAUCAUGGAUUUCACAUUCCUCUUCUUGUCCAAAUGUCCAUUCCUAUUAAGGUGUCAUAAUUAUUUUUCUGUUCAAAUCAUUUUGCAACCAUGCGCCACCAGAUGAAUACAACUUAUUUUAGCUGAUAUUGUUUGCUUUGUCUUGGGUUGUGAACCAGAUAUUUGCUGUUCAUGGGAUAUUUCAGUUUUUCCUUGAGAUUUCAUGUUAUUGUGAAUGAAACCCCUAUCUGCUUAAAUUUCUGUUUUAUUAUGGCGAUGAGGCUUGAGCAUGUCCUUAUAUACUAAUCUUUAUCAACUUUUGUGAGGUGGAGAUCAAAAAGACUGAAUUGAGUGACCAUUCUACUUCUAUUUUUUUGGAAAUAUUGGGAGAUGAACCUUAAAGUUGGCAAAGGAGGGGGUAUACCAAAGUAAGAAGGAACUGUCUUUCAUUGACCAUUUCCUCCAAAUAUUCAACAAAAUACUUCUUACUAUAAAAGGUGCUACCCAUGAGCACUAUCUCUCACACUGGCACUGUCCUUGAUCGCUUCUCUUUCUCUUACCUUCUUGUUGAAAAAGUCCAAUUGCUUGCGUCCGCAGGACAGCGAUUGUUAUGGGCCUUCAAUGAUUUCUAAGUUUCCAGCCAGGAUGACGAAAUCAGUGAAUCUCAUCACAAAACUGCUGAAUUGACAGUGAUAAUGUUUGGUAUCUGAAAGCUUAUGGGUGGACAUUUAUGGACUGAGUUUCGGAAAUAAUCAAUAUAAUGGGAUAACUGGAGAUAUUUAAACUCUUGUGUCGUUCAGUACUAACUAAAGGCUUCUUCAUGGGCCUGAUGAGGAAUGCACUGAUCAGGGCUGACUAUGGCAUAUUAUUUUAUUUAUUUGUGCAUAUUGAUUCUUUAUUUUCAUAUAAGUUUUGUGGCGCGCAUUGCACCUGCAAUGAUUGGACUUGAACUACUGCUUUUCAACGACUGGACGUAAUUCUUACUUGACGAUUUUUUCUAUGACUGCACAGUAAUUAUAUGAUGGAAUGAAUUGAGUUUUGCUUACGUUCUUUGAUGAAGUCUCAUAUAUAAUAUGUUUCCGAGGCACUAUUCAAAUUUGAAAAUUAUGUUUUAGACUCAGGAACUCUUAGUCCUCGGCUCACAAAGACUAACAGCCUUGAGGGAUAAUAUCUAUUGCUCAACAGAUCAUCUUAUGCAAGCAUCUGGGGUGUCUGAUCCUUCUGGGUAUUUCCUUAUUGAGGUGAACCAGGAAUCCGGGGCAUUUACGUUCAUGGGCUCGCUGAUGAUCCAUCUAAACUAACUGUUGGAUUUUUUAAUCUUUUAGGAUCUAUUUUUGAAUGAUUUGAGGGGUCCAGGUGCUAUAGAUUAUAGCAAACCGAUACUUGAAUGGCUGGUAAACCAGAAGAAAGAGGCCAAGGACAAGUGGGAGUGGAUUGUCUCCAGUGAAGUUAAGAAGCAUAAGAGUUUGCUGGAAAAUUUGACAAGCUCUGACCUACCUCAGUUUAAAGCUGUUGACAUGGAUAAAACCUGUUUCUGUGAUCUGCGUUUUAGAUUCGGUUCUGGGUAUCUCUACUGUCACCAGGUAUGGUUCUAUGUUGAUUCCAUAUUUCUAUGCUUCUCGUUUAAAUAUUGAGCUCUGACAUGGUCGUCCUAAGAUUGCUGUGUUCACCUCGAGUUUGAAAAUUUUAAUAUAUUUGUUUUCGCAAAAUGGAAUUUUUUGUUUGAAGCAAUCUAUUUUUAACACAGAAUACUUAAUAUUUCUUUGGGUAUUGACUUUGAUAGGAUUUCACUAAGUUCUUCUAAAAUCUACUAUGGAUUUGGGUCCCCAAGGCUUGCUUUCCAUGAACUUGCGUUGCGAUUGUGGAUGAGUCAUGUUGUUUAGUAAUCAUAUUUCAACAAGCUGUUACUGGCUCUGUUCUUCUAGACUCUCCAUAUUGUUUGUUUGUUUUUUUUUUUUUUUUUUUCUGUUUGGGGGAAAAGUGAAGGCCCCGAAGUGGUUGUCUUGUUUAUGGGGUGUUUAUUGGAGUUCCAAGGCUCUUCUUCUUAUUUACUACCAUUUUUAUUGUGAUGAUUCCACUUCUGUAUCAGUAUUUGAUUUCCAUUCAUUACUCCUGAAGCACUGUGAUCUUGAAUCUGCUCUUUAAAGUACAGAAUUGCCGUGGGAUAGAUUUCUUUCUAGGGUAGGUUUUAAUGAUCAGGAUGCUCCAUGAUUAAUGGAGUUGAUUCCUAACUGAGGUUUUGAUCCGCCCAAAACCCCUAAUCAGUGAUCUAGGCUUCAAGCUUUGGGCUUUACGGGCUUUAAUUCCUCUUCUUUCCCCGUCAUCCGUGGCAAAAACAUAUCUGUUGUUCAUCCAUCUUUCUUCUCUUGUAACAAUAUCAGCUGUUGCCUGCAGUUCAUGUUCAAGAACAGGAUUUUUUUUUUUCGUUUCUUUAACAUUAAUUAUUUCCAUUAUCAAUAAUAGUAGCUUGAAAUCUGAAUUAUACUUCAGAUACCCAUUUACGUACCAUCAUUUUUCCAUAUUUUUUUUCAUCAAAAAAAUUAUGAAAAUUAAUUAGUUUCGCCAAUGGAGAGCGCAGGAAGGGGGGAGGGUGUGUGGGGGAUCAAGAUCACUCAAGAACACACUUGUCUCAUCCAGGCGCUGCCACUUUUUUGUCAAUCUCUCAUACUUUGCGGCCACGAACUGGCCGCAGAUAGAUGGAUCCGAGGUCUUCAGAGAUGUGAUAGUCGUACUGCCGAUGUCCAGGGCAAUUGCUGGCACCUGAUCGUGAUCCGGGACAUGCGGCUGGUCCACGCCGACGACGAACAGAACGAGCUGUCGUACCCGCUGGCGACCUACCGAAUCCGCACCCGCCGCAGCAAGUGCUCGGUCUGCAACAUCAAGCCGUCGGCCAUGGCGACGGUCAACGACCGGUGGGCGGCCAGGAACCCCUGCUUCUUCUGCAAGGACUGCUACUACCUCCUCCACUACAGUGAGGACGGCUCCCUUUUGUACGACAAUUUCAGUGUCUAUGACCUGGAGAGGAUCUGGCCAACUGCCCAGGCCCGGCUCCUGGGCCCCAGAUGA